AUGGCUGCUAUGGCAAUGCGUGGAUCACCCGAUAUAGCAAACGGCAGCUCCCACCCCCACAUUGCUAACGGAGCGCAAAGAGCUCCAGGAAAGCGCAAUCGAAAAAAGGCUCCUACGGAAAGCUACGAGCACGAGGCAGAAUCCGAUAAUACGAACAUAGCUCACACCAGCGGAAGAGAUGCCCAUUCGUCGGCAGGGCGGGUAGGCAGGUCUUUCUCGACCAGAGCCCGAGAUCAGCCCGAGGGAAAUCUGAACUAUACAACCCACAAGCCGAUUCCUCCAUUGACCUCAGAAUUCUCAGAAGAAUCUACCACACCGCGAGGUCUUCCCACAGGACCACACUCCCCAGAACCCCGUGCAGAUAUGCCCGAGAUCCUUGCACAGUCACCGUCGCCUGCACCGGGUGUGUCUUCGACCCCGACUCGGUCUAACACCACACGCUCGGUCUCCGCCAGGGAAUCGCAGCGAGAUUGGGCAUCAGAGCGAUCGCCUCUUCAGAAGUUGGAAGUUACUUUGACUGGAAUCAGCAAGGAAGAGAAGCGGGCACGAGUACAACAGGCGGAAGUCAAAGCUCGAGAGCGACUUGCGCGCAAGAAAGCCGAACAAGAGAAAGCCAAAUUGAUGGAAACAAUGGCUCGCGAAGCAUCAGCACAACGUACGCAGCCAGAAAUCCAACCAGCCUCCGGCGCAGCCAGAAGGAAGGAGCGAAGAGAUAUUCAAAUUCGAGAGGUCGUGCAAAAUGGACAUGGGGGUGCACCACCACAACAGCGCCAACCAGAAAACACAGUUGUGCGUCACAAAAGGACAGUUUCAACAGAUCCUCAAUAUCCAUCCAUCCGCCGCCCCGAGGAUCCCCAAUUUAUACGCGCGGAAGCCGCUAUCCCAUCAUCAGCUAAGAUAGGCAAUGUACCUAGAAGAUCAGUCACAGUGAGCGGACCUGCCGCGAAACCAACAUCUGCCAACCAUAUCAGCCACAGUCGCUCGAUGUCUCAAGCAGGUCCUCGACCUAUCCAGGCUCCCCUUGCCCUAAGAGCGGAGACAACGUACGAACUUUUGACAGCACCCCGUGCAAUUCAGGAUAGUGCUGAGUCGCAGAUCAAGCCCAAGAAGCACUCUGUGUCUUUCAAUGUCCCACCGCCUACGCCCCCACCUAUCUUUGAGUGGAGGAAUGCAAUGCCUGCUCGGCUUGCGGCACCUGACUUUGAUUUCCAGAAUUUUGAUUUGGAUCGUAGCAAAGCGUGGUGGGACGGUGGCGGUAGCAAAGAUCGUAGAAAGAGCAGGGCCCUUCCUAAGAAUUACAAAUCUCCUGCUCAGAAAUUGACAGGAGCGACUGAGCACAAGAACUUCCAACCCAACCUCUUCUUGCGAUGUGGACCUUUGCUACGAUACACAGGUAUCAAGCGAGUUAAGGUUGAUGGAGCCAGCGGCCCAAUUAUCAAGGACAUAUGGCGAGGAUCUAUCAUGAUAGUGACUAAAGAUUCUAGCUCCUUCUACGACACUCCGCCCACACUGAGACUAUUCUCCCAGCCGAUGGAUCUUCUUCCUCCGCCGCCAGUGGAGAUCAGCCAUGAAGAUGGAAUGCAACUGGCUCCCGAAUAUGUCGACCCAACGGCCGGGCUGAUGAAAGUUGGCCGUGAUGGGCGGCCCCUUUAUGUGAAACCAGUUGAAGAUGUCGAUGAACAAGUCGACCUAUCGUCUGUCGAGAACGACGAUGGUAUCUACGAGCUCUCACCUAGCAUAGUCGAUUAUACUAGCGAAGGCGUUAAACAACCUAUGCCUUCCAACCGGAUGCAUGCCGUUGACGGCGAGACGGCGAGUCUGCACCGAGAUAUCCCCGGAGCCCGGCUGUACGCCGAUGUCGCAAGAGAUGUCACAUUCUGGCGAUUCAACCUCGAGGUUGAACUUAGCACAGUGCAGCAGCGAAUCGCCUAUCGAAUCAACCAGGGACCCGCCUUGGGAUUUUGGGUGCCCCCGGCUGGAGAAUCCAUGAACAUAAUGUUUUACAGCGGUAACGGGUUCAGCCCCUCGGCGGACUCUCAUCGAGUCUGCGGGCCCGACCCGCUUUGGCGAGAUAUUCUUAAUGAGCAUCAAACUCGUCCGUUCCAUGUGAUGAUCGGUGGAGGCGACCAAAUCUUCAACGACUCGGGUAUCACAGAGUCGACAUUCUUCCAAGAAUGGUUUAAGAUUAAAAACGCUGCCGAGAGAUAUGGUGCGUCAUUCACACCUGAGUUCCGGGCUGAAUUAGAGCAGUUCUACCUCGAGCGCUAUGCUUCAUGGUUCUCCCAGGGCCUCUUCUCGUUGGCGAACUCUCAGAUUCCCAUGGUCAACAUUUGGAACGAUCAUGAAAUUUUUGAAGGCUUUGGUUCUUACCACGAUGAUUUCAUGCAGACUUCUGUCAUCUCUGGAAUUGGAAAAAUUGCUUUCAAGUAUUACCUGUUGUUCCAGCACCACAGUGUUCCCGAUGAAACAGAAGCAGAUGAACCCAGCUGGCUCCUUGGCGCCCACCCUGGUCCAUACAUUGAGCAGAAAAGUCGAAAUCUGUUCAUGUCUCUUGGGCAAGGACUUUCAUUCUUGGGUCUUGACUGCCGUACUGAGCGGCGGAGCAAUGAGGUUCUCAGCGAAGACACCUGUGAUUUAAUAUGGGACCGUUGUCACAACGAGAUUAUGAAAGGAGAGACAAAGCAUUUGAUCGUUCUUUCAAGUGUACCUGUUGCUUACCCCCGAGUGGCAAUGCUCCGCAAUUUCAUGAACAGCCGCAAGUCACUCGGCAAGGCCGGAGUACUUGGUGGGCUUGUAAAUCGAUCUGGUGGAAAUGUGGAGGUCUUUGAUGACCAUUGGGCUGGCAAGCACCUCAAGUCCGAGCGCACAUGGUUGGUUGAAGAUCUUCAGGACCUGGCCGCAGAGAAGUCAGUCCGGAUCACAAUUCUCAGUGGUGAUGUCCAUCUUGCUGCAAUUGGGCAGUUUUAUUCGAAUCCCAAAUUGAAUGUUGCCAAAGACCAGGAUUACCGAUACAUGCCGAAUGUCAUCUCGUCUGCUAUUGCAGACAUUCCGGAGACCGAUAUCAUUGCUGACAUGCUCAACAAGCGAAAUACAAUCCACCACAUGGACUCGAACACGGACGAGGACGUCGUCCCCAUCUUUGUCCAGGAUGUAAAUGGCAAGGUCCGAAACAACAAAAGAUUACUACCUCGGCGAAACUGGUGUUCGAUCCGCACAUAUAAGCCUGGAUCGACUCCACCUGAUACACCUGAGUCAGAUAUGACAGAGACUCCCCCACCUCGGCCAAACAAGCUGCAGCGGACAUUGUCGCUGGGUCGUGCGGACAAGGGGUCUACCGAGAAACCUGGUAUUCUCAGGCGCCUUUCCACCCGUGGACCACCUCCUACGAGGACCAUGAGUUUCAAUCGAGGCGACGAGACUGCUUUCAGUCGACGUGCAAGUGUUGAUGGGUUCGCUCAGCCCCCCGAGAACGGGAACAGUUAUUUUCCAGGGAACGGGGCCGGUGCACCUCCACGACCCGGUAACUUCCACCGGCGACCGACGAAUCUCAGCCAAAAAACGGCGAAGAAAACCGCCAAGCAAGGCGAUGAUGGUGCAGGCGUCUACAUCAAUCUCGAAGGCGGGCUCGCCAUUACUUUGAACCUAGAGAUCAGCUCACAAGACCCAUCGGGUGUCACCACACCUUACAAACUGCUCGUUCCAGCACUGCACUACAACGGGACCGAGUAUGACCCGCCCCCAGCGCAGAUUGUCAAGGGCUGGAGAAAGUUCCUACCCCGCCGCAAAAAGCACGUAGGGGAAGCCGAUGCACAGCCUGAUGCAGAAGAAGAUUAUAGUGAUGACGACGAAGAAGACGAUCACGAGGACCAUGACCUUAUCAAUAACACCCGCGCUAACGCCGCCACUAGCCAACAACAUCAACCACCGGAUGAGGGAUAUCCUGGGAGUGAAGAGGAGGAUGACGAUUCCGAGGGCGAAUUCCCUCAACGUCUGCCACCGAAUAUGAUGGCUGAACAUUCCCCCAGUCCCGAGGAGCACACCCGUCCACGAAAGAAGUGGUUUGGUGUAAUCUAA